AUGUCUCUGAACAAAUUCAUGCACCCACGAAACCGGUACAAAAACUCCAAACCCAGUUUCCUUCAUUUAGCACUGAAGUACCCAGAUUUCCGAGCUCACACAACCCAGGAUGCCAGCGGUAAAGUGAUCUUAGAUUUCAAAAAUGCUGAUGCACUGCGAGCACUAACCACAUGCCUGCUGAAAGAAGACUUUGGUUUGUCUGUUGAGCUGCCAGCAGAUCGUUUAGUUCCAACCUUACCACUCCGCCUGAACUACAUUCACUGGUUGGAGGAUAUUGUGGGCACUAAUGAAAACAUCUGGGGAAUCGAUGUUGGGACUGGGGCCAGCUGUGUGUAUCCAUUGUUGGCUGCAAAGAUGAACAAGUGGCACUUCCUUGCCACUGAGGCCGACCCAGAAAAUGUUUUCUAUGCAAAUAAAAAUGUUGCAGCUAAUGGAUUCCAAGAGUUUAUCUAUGUAAAAAAAGUGUCAGCUGAAGACAUUUUAAUAGCUCCACUGCAGACCUUCACAGUGAGAACCCAGUUUGAUUUCUGCAUGUGCAACCCACCAUUCUUUGCUGAUCACAUGGAAGCCCAAGCAAUCACAAACACAAGAUCUGCAGACAGACCCGAGGCCAGCACCUUGUCCACGGCCAGCCCCCAGGAGUGUAUAGCUCAGGGCGGGGAGGUGGGCUUUGUGCGACAGAUGAUAGAUGAGUCCACAGUUUUGAGAGACAAGAUUAGAGUAUUCACGAGCAUGGUGGGAAAGAAAUCCAGUCUGGCUCCAUUGAAAGCAGAGCUUCUUCAUCAGAAGGUUGCAAAGUACUCCACAACUGAGUUCUGCCAAGGGAAAACCAUGAGGUGGGGCAUUGCCUGGACCUAUGACAGUUCUGUCACAUUCCCUCGCUCAGAAUUUGAGUCCCGCAAAGAGAAGCCUCCAAUCCAGUACAUGGUGCCAAAAGGUGCAGGAGGUGUGGAUUACAAGGUUCAUGAAGUAGCAGCUUAUUUGAAACAGUUACUGGAGUCUGUCAAGGUGCAUUGUUUUCAAGGUAAGAAAGCCAAGUCUUACACCAGCAUUACCCUCACGGCAGCAGAGAAUACAUGGUGCCACCAGCGCAGACUUCGCAGGCAACAGAUGCGCACUCAGCAGCAAGAGAAAGCUGAACAUGGAACACUGGUUCAAAACCCAGCUCCCAAAGAUAGUCCAGUAAAAAAUGGAGAACAUGUGCCUGUGUCCAGCAGAGAAGAUCCUUCUUCUAAACCUAGUAGACCUGAAGAUGUGCUGUCAAUUGAUAAUGCCCAUUUAGACAAGGACAGUGAUGUAAAGUAUGAUAGUGAUAUUCAAAGUAGAAAGAGGCCGGCUGAACAGUCAGUUAUUGAUGCUGCAGAAUCUUUUAAACGCCCUCGGCAAGACACAGCAGAAAGUGAAAUGACUGAGAAAACAGAACCAGAAAGAAAUGAACAGACGGUCACAAGAUCUCCUGAAAAAACAGCUCCAUCAGAUGUUUCUUUGAUUGCACUUGACAGAGACAAACUUGAGGCUACAGAACCAUACAGUGUUGAAAGCCAUAACCAGCCAGUAGAAACAGUUCCAUCAGAUGUCUCCAUGACAGCAGUUGAUGGAGAGAGAUUUAAGGCUACAGAACCGUCCAGUAUCAGUGGCCACAUCCAGCCAGUAGUUAGUUCUGAACAAUCCAGUAUCAAUGGCCAAAACCAGCCAGCAGUUAGUUCUGAAUCAAAAGCUGAAGAUGGUUCUGCAGAUUCAUCCCCAAAGGAAUAUGUCCUCAAAUGUGUGAUGAGGCUGAAGCGGAAGGAUGACCAAGUUCAGCUUGAGCUAGAAUACCUGGGUGGGCAGUCUCGUGAGCUCAUGUAUCAACUGUUUACCUUCCUCAAAAAUAAACUGACCCAAAGUGCCAAGUAA